CUGAGGCGGAGAAGUCCACUUCGCUUUUUCCGCGACGCUCCAAAAAUCUAUGAAAUGUGUUUGCAUGUUCCUCUCUGCAAGCGGGGAUGUAGAGGUGGGAUUGCGAGGACCGAGAAAGCUGGGGGAACCCACGCGUUCAGCCUCUGAGAAAGUACGCUUUUCCGAAAAGAACUGGCGGCGAAUAUUGUUUUUCUUUUCCACAUUUGCCACUAACAGACGGACACUCUGUAGGAUUGUGUUCCCGGAGAAUAAGCCUUUUACUGCCCCUUUUCUUUUUUUGUCACCAUUCUGCGCGGCAGGCUGAGAGAGACGGACCGCUCGGACUGUGGGAGCCCUCCCCUCCGCUUGGAUCUGCUUUGAUGGCAGAAACGUGGAUGAGGGUUGAGCUGUAGAGCGGGCAGAAGGCUCCGGGGCCUCUCUGUUGUCGACCGGCUGAUUGGUCCAUCGAGGUGAGGCGCCACGCUCACCGGGGCACGGAACGGAACCAGAACAGGGCUCUGCUCCCCCUCCUCGCUCGCCCCUGCCCCCUUUCCACCCUCGUCCCCGACCCAGGCACACACACUCUGGACCAUGUCUAACGGGCUGUCGGCGGGGGGCCGGACAGAGGACCGGCAGCGGAGUAGCUGCAAUCAGGACUCUCCUGUGAUCGAGCGAAGGAAUCGCAGUGGCAUCAUCAGCGCGCCCCUCAACAAGAGCCUUAAGAACUCCCGCACCCUCUCCCAGUACACAGCAGUCUCCUCGGCCACCACCAAUGGACACACGGACAGUAGUGAGACUAAAAGCCACUCGGCCAAGCCUCAGCCACCUCCGCAGCCCCAGCCCACCGUCUCCGCACUGACAGCAGCCAAGUUGGACCGGACCCUGGAACAGGUUUUGGAGGGACAGAACGGCCUGCUGCACUUUGCCCAGGCAGCAGCACUGUUAAAGCGGGCCGGUAUGGAGCACAUGCUCCUGCCUGGGGGCAUGGGAGUGGGAGUUGGCGGCGGAGACGCAGGCUCGGGGGCUAGCGACUUGGAGGGUACGUCUGUCACGGACGCCGUAGGUGGUCCUGUUGACUUCCCAUAUGGAGUAGGGGGUGGCUUCCCCUUCAACCCGGGGCUUUUCAUCAUGACGCCGGCUGGAGUGUUUCUGGCGGACAGCGCCCUACACAUGGCCGGCCUGGCAGAGUACCCAGUGCAAAGUGAGCUGGCCUCCGCCAUCAACUCCGGUAAAAAGAAGCGAAAACGUUGCGGCAUGUGCCCACCGUGCAGACGGCGGAUUAACUGCGAGCAGUGCAGCAGCUGCCGGAACCGCAAAACAGGUCACCAGAUCUGCAAGUUUCGCAAAUGCGAGGAACUGAAGAAGAAGCCCUCUGCUGCUCUGGAGAAGGUGAUGCUUCCUACAGGAGCGGCAUUCCGGUGGUUCCAGUAGGAUCCCUCCUCCUCCCGACCCAAAGCUCUGCCAUCAAGUGCAAUGCCAACUCCUGGAUUGUCUCCGGAACAGACACUGGCUAAUAAACAAACAAGCAACAAAUACAUAUAUAGGAAAAAAAAACGACAAAAAGGAAAAUAAAACAGAACAAAAAAAAUCAAUCGGGUAAUGGAUGCACCUACUUAUUCCUUGAACCAAAAAUGAAGCAUAAAGAAAAGCAUCUAUGGCAACUUUCAUUCCCUUUUCUAUGUUUCCAUUUUGGUACCUUUUGUCCGUUUCUUUCCAGCAGGUUUUUAUUUUCUGUCUCUUAAACAUGGAACUGUUCAUUGCCAGAAACAGAAAUGACAGACUGAGUGUGGACAAUCAAGUAAUUUCUGUGUUUGGUGUUAAUGUUGUUCAUGUGUGGAAAGAUACAGUACUUGUGUAGAGAAUGUAAAUUUACAGCUAUAUUUUAAAAUAGUGGCUAAUGGCAAACAUUAUUGUAAUUCUUCACCGUUACGUUACUUAAACCCUUGUCUACUUUGUGAUUCAUUACGUUGACAGAUCAGUGAUUGUUGGAUUGUUUUUGAGACACAAGAGGAACGCGUCUCAAAUUGUGACGCCAACGAUUUGGGUCUUAAAUGAAACGGAAACGGUCCCGAAAGCGUCCCGGGCGUCCGGAGGUGGAAGACGCCCCUCGCUCCCAGCCGUCGCUACUGUAAACUCCCCCAUCAGCCCUCCUCUGCAUUUCCCAAACUCCUCCUUUUUGUGAAACUGGCAGCCUUAUGUUACUGUGGCCCUACUGAGCAUGUGCCAAUACUGCUCAGGGCAAUAGCACUAAGAGACAGCACUUGCUCUGAGUCUACCCUACUGAACGCACUGAUGACAAGAUUUUUUUUUAUUUUAUUUGUUUGUUUGCUAUAUUUUCAUGAUUUUGUUAUGUUGCUGGAAUAGCUACAGCUUUUAAAAAUAACCAAUCUUUGUAUUCGUUUAGGAAAUUGGACUGGUUUUGUGAAUAAAAAUGAAUGCAUGUAUUCGUGUCAAAAACGGA